GUUAAGACAGUCACAUCGAUCGGGCUUGUCUCUGUAAUCACGUGUGCAUAUAUGAUGGAAACUGAAAGAGUUUAUGGUUUGUAAAAUAAAUAAACGUGUAAGAAAUAAGACCGCAUGUGCAAUGCUAAUGAUAUUUUGUAUAUACCUUUAAUAAACGUAUCGCACUAACGCGCUUUAGUAAAACCUGCUUCUGUUAACAGGAAUUUAAAAAUGUCUAGUCCUGUUUCAGCGUCGUUUCACGAACAGCUUCAUAAAUGCUUUGAGGUUUUAAAAGUGAAUAAAAGUAUUUGGGAAGGUGUGUUAGUUGAAUGUACUUCUAUGAUGAGCUCUCUUGGAAACCUCGCCACCCAGAUAAAGGCUUUGAAAAACGUGCAGCUCGCAAACACACCUCUGGCUCAUUUCCCUAGUUUACAAGAACGACUUCAUUAUAAACUCUCACUGGCUGUGGAUACAGUUCUGAGAAAGUUAGACGAGAACAUGGAUGCUCUUCAGACAGCGAGGAACACCAUCAGUCAACACGUGUCUGCUGCUUUCCAGUUCUAUGAGAAAAACACAAACACACUUGACAUUGUUUGUUGUGUCGCCAGAUCAGCCACGUGUCCCUCCAUCGCAGACAUGUUAGAGUGGCUUCAAGACGCAGAUCGUCAUUACCGCCUCCAAUUACUGCAGAGAAGAAACUUUCUGCAGAUGCUGACACCCACUGAUCUUACCUUAAUGGAAACCGCACCAAAGAGAUGGGACUCUUUGCGUUUACCUAGUAGAGAGGAGAGAAUUGGAGAUGCACUGUGUCAAGUGUCCUUCAUGGAAAUGUCUUCCAAAGCUCAGCUUUGAGAUGAUUGGUAGGCUUUCGCUGCAUCUUGUGUAUGAUGUUGUUGUUAGUAUGGCAACAAAAUAUUAAAGGACCACCGGAGACCUAAAGAGAGACAUUUCAUUACCUGGAUGUACCUGGACAAUGACAAGGACUGUAUAUCAGCAUCACUGUUCAGCACACUGAGAAUUGGUUUUGAUUAUGUAAAAUAAUUAAUUUUACAAUUUCUUGUAUGAAUCUAUGAAAACCACAGUCAGUAUUUUAUUGCUCCGAGUAAAAACAAGACCAUUUUAAAUUUUUCAAAGAGAUUUUCAUAUGUCCACUUUAAGCGUUUAAGAGAUACUGUCCACUGUAGUGACCAAUAUGUGCAAGAGUUUGAGAUUGUGUGUUUAUUCAACGCAAACAAAUAAAAUAAGAUGAA